AGGUCUCUCUGGACCCACAUCCAGAUUUCCAUGCCAGCUACCUUAGCUUUAUGAUGAAGCCGCUGUUUCUUGGUGUAUACCUGCGUUAGAAUCACCUGGGCUGUUUGAAGUGCAGUUGCCUGGGCCCCACCCCAGACUGACUAAAUCAGUGGUUAGGUUACUCAGAGGGACCCGAUUAUGCAAAGAUUUAAAACAGUGGAGAGCAAGCCGACCUCUGCCCCUCUUGUUGCCGCUUUCCUUAGGUGGAUGUUGAUGAUUGCUUCUGACCCUGGAAGUUAACUGACAGUUGGUACCUUAAGAGACUGCAGGAGAGGGACCCUGAAGGCUGGGACGUCAGAGGACCGGGUCCUAAGGGAACCUAGGGUUUCGAGAAUCCGGUCAGAGUGGCCAGGUGUCCUCAGUGGAGUAGAAAGAUAUUAGCCCAGACUGAGUGGCUGCUGGACCCCAGAGGUUACGAGCCCUCGUCGAUUUUCCUGCCUGAGCCAUUAGGAGGAAGCCAAGCACGCGAAGGCGUGCCAGGUUGCCAGAUCAACCACUGAGAUGACGGGUCCUCCAAGUUUCCUAGAGAGGCGGCUGAGGAGCCGGCGGAGAUGCGGUCAAGCGUUGUGACUUAUUUCCGGUUCCUGGUGUGCGCUGUAGCCCAAAUAUCCCGUUUCGGUCGUUGCUUCCCGACUCUGGUCAGGUAUAGAUUCCUCAGGAUCCGACUCCCUUUUCCGUGUCGGUGCUUCCGGACGUUUCAGAGAUGCAGAGAACUGAACACAAAUGCUGUACAGAGCCUGGUCUGUGCAGACUACUUGCUUCUCGAAGGAGACAUAGAUUCACCAGUGGGGAGCACCCUCCGGUGUCCAUCGGCUGACGGAUCCUUAAGGCUAAAAGAUGGUUUCUUAUACCUUACCUGAAUUUAUCUGAGCAGUUUCUCAGUUUUCAUUAAAACCCGUUAUAGUAAUGGUCAUGAUUACAUAUUUGUACCGUAGAGGCUUAGCUCUUUUAAAAAGUACUUUACUAUAAUGUGAUCCUCGCAAUUUUGCAAAACAAAGGGAAGUGCCACGUCAAUUUCUGUGGCUAAGAAAACAUUAAAGAGUGUGGCAGGGGAAGUAGGGGAAGGUAGCACCUCAUUACUACCUGACAGAGGUAGAAGUCCAGGUUCCCCACCUGAUUUACAUUGCGCUCCUCCUUACUGUUCCAUAAAGGUAGGAGUUCUGGCUUCCACAUGGUCACCACAGACACUGUGUGAGCGCGGACUUGUUAUUGCUGGGUGAUGGUGAAAGUCCUGACUCUCUACUGGCCCUUUUCUGGCAUUGCCUCAGUGUCACCCUCCCCUACUUCCCCUGCCACAAUAGUUUCAGAGAAAACCAGCUGAAACCUAAGGUUUAAUUAAGAUCCAGUCUCAUAACAAUACAAAAUGUCCAAAUUUCAAUUAAAAAAAUCACUCAAAUACCAAGAACCAGGAAGGUCUCAAACUGAAUGAAAAAAGAAAAUUAAAAGAUGCCAACACCAAGCUGACAGAGAUGUUAGAAUUAAUCUGACAAAGCAGCCACGAUUUAAAAAAAAAAAAAAAGCUUCAAUGAGAAAUUGUGAACACGUGUAAAAAAAAUGAAAAUAUAGAAAGCCUCAGAAAGGAAAUAGAAAGUCCUAGCAGAUAAAUAGAAGUUAUAAAGAAAAACCAAAUGGAAAUUUGAGAACUGAAAAAUACAUUCUCAACAACAGAAUGGAGAAAAAGGAUCUGUGAAGUAGAAGAUAGAACAACAGAAAUAACUCGAUCAGAACAACAGAGAGAAAAUAGACUAGAGAAAAAAAUAUAUAAGGAAACAGAAUGUAGUAGGCUGGAAAAAUAGCCCCUCAAAGGUAUGUUCACUUCCUAAUCACCAGAACCUAUAAAUAUUACCUUAUGUGGCAGAACAGUGAAUAUUAUUUUAUAUGGCAAAAUAAGUGAUUGAGUUAAGGAUCUUGGGACAAGGAGAUUAUCCUGGAUUAUCCAGGGGGGUCCAGAAUGCUAUAAUAUCAUUGUAAGAGAGAGGCAGAGGUAGAUUAGACACAGAGAAAAGGGUGAUGGAAAGAUGGAGGCAGAGAUUGGAGUGAUGUGGCCUCGAGCCCAAGGAACACUGAGGCAUGACCAGCAAGCAGCUCCAGGAGAUGGAAGAGACAAGAAACAGGGUCUCUACCCCGGAGUCUCUGGAGGGAACACAGCCCUGACAACAUCUUGAGUUCAGACUUCUGGCCUCUAAAAUUGUAAGAGAAUAAAUUUCUGUUGUGUUUAAGACACAAGUUUGUGGUAAUUUGUUAUAGAAGCCAAAGGAAACUAAUACAAAGAACCUCAGGGACCUGUGCAACUAUAGAAAAGAUGUAAUGUUCAUGUCAUUGAAGCCCCAAAGAGGAUGGAGUUGAAAAAGUACUUGAAAAAGUAGUGGCUGAGAACUUCCCAGUUUUGGCAAGAGACGUAAACCUACAGAUUCAAGAAGCUGAUCAAAACGAAAACAGGAUAAACCCAAAGAAAUCCAUUCAAAACCACGUCACAUUAAACUUCCCAAACACAAAGACAAAAGAUUUGAAAGCAGUCAGAGAAAAAUGACAUCUUACCUAUAGGAGAAAAUUCAAAUGACAGUGGAUUUCUUAUGAGUAAUAAUGGAGACCAGAAGGAAUUGACAUAGUAUUUUUAAAGAACCGAAAGAAAGGAACUGUCAAGCCAGAAUCCUAUACUUGGUGAAAAUAUCCUUCUGGAGUAAAGGAGAAAAUCAAGACAUCCUCGGCUGAGUAAGACAUAGAAUUUGUCACUAGGAAACCUACGUUUAAAAAAUGGCAAAAGGAAUUUCUCUAAAUAGAAGAAUCAGCCAGAAAGAGACGGCACAGGAGAUCUUGUUUGAAGCAUUCAUAAGCUUUUGCACAGCUAUGAUGGCAUCUACUUGGUCCAUCCAGGCCAACAAGGGCCAGGAUGAACUUUUGGAAAUAAAGAUAGAGAAAGAGGAGGUGGAGGAGGAAAAUAAGUAUACCGCCAGACAGGAUCAGAACCUGCAAAAGAACACCACCCACAGCAGGGAGGUCUUCCGACAGUACUUCAGGCAGUUCUGCUACCAGGAAACAUCUGGACCCCGUGAGGCUUUGAGCCAACUCCGGGAACUUUGCCAUCAGUGGCUGAGGCCAGAGACCCAUACAAAAGAGCAGAUUCUGGAACUGCUGGUGUUGGAGCAAUUCCUAACCAUCCUGCCCGAGGAGCUCCAAGGUUGGGUCCAGGAACAGCAUCCGCAGAGUGGGGAAGAGGUGGUGACUGUGCUGGAGGAUUUAGAGAGAGAGUUGGAUGAGCCAGGAUAUCAGGUCUCAGUCCACACUGAGGAACAGGAAAUGUUCUUGCAGGAGAUGGUAGCUCUAAGAACAGAACAAGAACCCAGAAUGUCCCUCCCGUCUGUGAAAGCCCAGCUAAAAUGUGAAUCUCCAGAAAUUGAAGCCCAGAAGAAGCAAGUUUCAGAUGUUGAGACUGGAAAUGAGUAUAGGAAUUUAACUCUAAAGCAAGAAGUUUCUGAAGAAAUGAAACCAUAUGGGACUAUAUCUAGCAAAUUUGAAAAUGAAAUGUCUCAGUCAGCUAGGUAUGAAAAAACUUAUGAACAUGAAGAAAAAAUAGGAGAGCCUUCUGGAUACUCCAGGGAAGAUAAACAACAUACAUGUGAUGAAAAUGGAGUAAGUUUGACUGAGAGCUCAGACCUUUCUGAACACCAGAAAGUCUGUCCAGGAGAAAAGCCUUAUGAAUGUGAUGACUGUGGAAGAGCUUUUAGUCAACACUCAUGCUUCGUAGAACAUCAGAGGAUCCAUACUGGAGACAGGCCCUACAAAUGCGAAGAAUGUGGAAAAACUUUCCGUGGGAGAACUGUGCUUAUUCGACACAAAAUAAUACACACGGGAGAGAAACCAUAUAAAUGUAAUGAGUGUGGCAAAGCCUUUGGCCGGUGGUCAGCUCUUAAUCAACAUCAGAGACUUCACACAGGAGAGAAACACUACCACUGUAAUGAAUGUGGCAAAGCCUUUAGCCAGAAAGCAGGCCUCUUUCACCAUCUCAAAAUCCACACAAGAGACAAACCUUAUCAUUGUACUCAGUGUAAUAAAAGUUUUAGUCGGCGUUCAAUUCUUACCCAGCAUCAAGGAGUCCAUACUGGGGCAAAGCCCUAUGAGUGCAGCGAGUGUGGAAAGGCCUUUGUUUAUAACUCCUCCCUUGUUUCCCAUCAGGAGAUCCACCACAAAGAAAAAUGCUAUCAGUGUAAGGAAUGUGGGAAGUCCUUCAGUCAGAGUGGCCUUAUUCAGCAUCAGAGAAUCCAUACUGGGGAGAAACCCUACAAAUGUGAUGUAUGUGGAAAAGCCUUUAUUCAGAGGACAAGUCUUAUGGAACACCAACGAAUUCACACUGGAGAGAGACCCUAUAAAUGUGAUAAGUGUGGGAAGGCUUUCACUCAAAGAUCAGUCCUCACGGAACAUCAGAGAAUCCACACCGGAGAGAGGCCCUACAAAUGCGAUGAGUGUGGGAAUGCCUUCCGAGGAAUCACCAGUCUCAUUCAGCAUCAGAGAAUCCACACUGGCGAGAAACCCUACCAAUGUGACGAAUGUGGCAAAGCCUUCAGACAGAGGUCAGAUCUUAGUAAACACCAGAGAAUCCACAAUAGAGGUGGUCCCUAUAAAUUUAAUCCCAGAAUGGCUUCAACAGGGGAACAGGAUGGACUUAAGAUUGUGAAGGUGGAGGAAGACCCUAUCUGGGAUCAAGGAACCUACCUUCAGGAGAGCAGCUUUUCUGGCCAGGAGGCCUCCCGCCAACUUUUUAGGCACUUUUGUUACCAAGAGACUCCUGGUCCCCGAGAAGCACUGAGCCGGCUCCGGGAACUCUGUCAUCAGUGGCUGAGGCCAGACACACAUACCAAGGAGCAAAUCCUGGAGCUCCUGGUGCUGGAGCAGUUCCUGACUAUCCUGCCCGAGGAGCUCCAGGCCUGGGUGCAGAAACACCAUCCCGAGAGUGGGGAGGAGGCGGUGGCUGCAGUUGAAGAUCUGGAGCGAGAGCUAAGUGAGCCAGAGAACCAGGCCCCAGACUGUGAACACGGACAUUCUGAAGUGCUCUCAGGGGAUGCAGUACAUUUGAAGGCCAAGCAGGAAUCAACAGCUCUCCAGGUUCAGUCCAUGGUGACACAGCUCAAAUGUGAAUCUUUUGGGCCCCACAAAUUUGGAGAACAAGAUGGUGAAACUGUACUUGAAAACCAGGACUUGGCAUCAAAACAAGAAGUCUUAAAAGAAAUGGGACAUUUUGAGAAUAGCAGACUCCAAAGAGAUGUUCCUUUAGAUUCUAAGUACAGAGAAACUUGUAAACGUGAGAGCAGGGUAGAAAAGCAGAGGGGACACCCCACUGGAGAGAGACGUCACAGGUGCAACGAAUGUGGGAAAAGCUUUACCCAGAGUUCAGUUCUCAUUCAGCACCAGAGAAUCCACACUGGGGAGAAGCCAUAUGAAUGUGAAGAAUGUGGAAAGACCUUCAGCCAGAGGUCAGGCCUAGUUGAACAUCAGCGGAGCCACACUGGAGAGAAACCCUAUCAAUGUAAGGAUUGUGGGAAAGCCUUCAGUGCCAGCAAUGGCCUCAUCAGACACAGAAGGAUCCACACAGGGGAAAAACCAUAUGAAUGUGAAGAGUGUGGGAAAGCCUUCCGCCUGAGCUCAUACCUUGUUCAGCAUCAGAGGAUACACACUGGAGAGAAGCGCUAUCGCUGUAACGAGUGUGGUAAAGCCUUCAGUCAAAAUGCGGGGCUUUUCCAGCAUCUCCGAAUCCACACUGGUGAGAAACCCUAUCAAUGCAGUCAGUGCAGUAAAAGCUUUAGUAGGCGAACACUCCUUAUAAAGCAUCAGAGAAGCCACACUGGAGAGAGACCAUAUGAGUGUGAUGAGUGUGGGAAAGCCUUCAGUCAUCAUUGCAACCUCAUUAGGCAUUUUAGAAUCCAUACUGUUGCCAAACUGGACUAAUCCCAUGGACCACCAGGGCCCCUAAAUGAGGUGAACUUGGAAAGUAGGAUUUUCAAGUGGCUUAUUUUGCUCUUAUGAAAUUUAUUUUGCUUUGGAAUGUGUGGCUUUUCUGCAGACCAGGUGCUGCUGUCUCCUGGGUGGAUGACUGUUGGCAGUUGCUUGGCAACCUCCUUCUUCCCUAUCCCUUGGUUCAUUUCUAACGAUUUCUCUUCAAGGGACCAAAUCUUACCUGGAGAUAAAUUGGUAUGGAGGGGCCAUUAUUGAGUAAUAUUUAAUAUUGAAUAACUCUAAAUGACUAGCAAUUGUGUAUACUUUUUUUUAAGAUUGGAUACAUUCAAAAGAUAUUCAGAGAUGAGUCUUUUUUUUUUGUAAAAGUGACAUUUUAAACACAAUUAAGAUUUGGGGGAAUAAGAAUCAUUCCCAUGGGCUUCCCUGGUGGCGCAGUGGUUGAGAAUCUGCCUGCUAAUGCAGGGGACACGGGUUCGAGCCCUGGCCUGGGAAGAUCCCACAUGCCGCAGAGCGGCUGGGCCCGUGAGCCACAACUGCUGAGCCUGCGCGUCUGGAGCCUGUGCUCCGCAACGAGAGAGGCCCGCGCAUCGCGAUGAAGAGUGGCCCCCGCUUGCCACAACUGGAGAAAGCCCUCGCACAGAAACGAAGACCCAACACAGCCAAAAUCAAUCAAUCAAUCAAUCAAUCAAACAUACGCAUCUGAUUCAAGAUCCUCAUUAAAAAAAAAAAAAAAAAAAGAAUCAUUCCCAUUCCCAUAGGAUAUCAUUGCUACAGUCUCCCCAGGAAUUUAAUGGAUGAUUUCUUUGUUGCUUUCAUCAGAAUGGGUGGCAAACUCAUUUAUUAAGCAGCAUUACCCAUGGUGUGAAACCUAUAGAUUUGAUGGUUUAGAAAUCCAUGUCCCAUUUUGAUAUCUAACUCCAAAUUCCCAGUGCAGGUCAUUACCAUAUUAAGGUUUCCACUUUUGUUAUAAAUAACGAAUAAGAUGAUACUUUAAAACCUUUUCAGUGUGCCUGUUUUAUUCAUAGCCUUUUCUGCCACUACCUUUUGAAGGCUAGUCAGCAACUUGGGAGGGCCAUUGCGAGCAGCAUCAUUGUGACUCUGUCAAGAAAGGGAGCCUCUGACCUCGGGCAGCUUGCUGCUUAACUGGGGAGUCCAGCGUUCUCAGGCCAUUUACUGUCAGGGUUAAACACACAAGUCUGGUACCACACUGUCUAGGUUCAAUACCUGCCUCUGCAUCUGUGAGCUGUGUGACUUUGGGCAGUUUAAUUAAAUGCCCCUAUGCUACAGUCUCCCUGUCUAUAAAAUAGGGGAUAAGAGGACCUUUCUCAUAGGGAACAUAAGAAUAAAUUAAUACAAACUUGUAAAGCACUGAAAACAUAACUCUCAACAAACGUGCACUAUGAUUUACAUAAAGAAAUAAUACCAUCUAAUGAAUGUAGGUGGAAUUGUAAGUAUCAUGUUUGAACUAAAUAGAAUGUUAAAUGGCUCUGCUGACAGUCUCAU